AGUUGAGAAGUAUUCGCUAUCCCGAAGUUUGUAGAAAACAUUGAAAAGUUUAUAUAUAAACUGAUAAAACAACUGAUAAACUCACUUCUUAAAACUGGUAUCUGAUUUACAAAAGGUUACAAACUUCUCUUGCAUAAAGAAUGGCAUCAGCAACAAUAAGGAAUGCAGUUGUCACGGGAGCAAACAAAGGGAUAGGAUUUGGAAUAUGCAAGCAAUUGGUUUCUAAUGGCAUCACAGUGGUGCUAACAGCAAGGGAUGAGAAAAGGGGUCUUGAAGCUGUUGAAAAGCUGAAAGAGUUUGGUGUGUCUGAUCAAGUGGUGUUUCAUCAGCUUGAUGUGACUGACCCUAAAAGCAUUGAAUCCCUUGCAAAUUUCAUCAAAACCCAGUUUGGAAAACUUGAUAUCUUGGUGAAUAAUGCAGGAAUUCAUGGAGCAUAUGUUGACCGUGAUGCUUUAGCUGCUGCUGGGGAAAAAGUUGCCAAUGUUGAUUGGAGAAAAAUCUCAACUGAAAAUUUUGAAGCUGCCGAAGCAGGCAUUAGAACAAAUUACUAUGGAGUCAAAUUAAUGUGUGAAGCACUUAUUCCCCUUCUAGAAUUGUCAGGCACACCAAGGAUUGUCAAUGUUUCCUCCUCCAUGGGGAAGUUGGAGAAAAUACCAAAUGCAUGGGCUAGAGGAGCCCUAAGUGAUGCUGAGAGCCUAACAGAAGAAAAGGUGGAUGAGGUUUUGAAUCAGUUUCUAAAAGAUUUUAAAGAGGGUUCAUUAGAAACCAAAGGGUGGCCACAUGCUUUUUCUGCAUAUAUAGUCUCAAAAGCUGCUUUGACUGCCUACACAAGGAUUCUUGCUAAGAAGUACCCAUCUUUCUGCAUCAAUGCUGUUUGCCCUGGCUUUGUGAAAACAGAUCUCAACUACAAUACUGGCUAUCUUAGUGUUGAUGAAGGUGCUGAAAGUGUUGUAAGGUUGGCUCUGCUACCUAAUGGAGGUCCUUCUGGUCUAUUCUUUUCUCGAAGUGAAGUGGCAUCAUUCUGAUCCAAAGACUGUUGUGUACUUGAAGAGGAUAAAUAAUAAGCAUGGUUUCAUGAUAAGACAUGUAUCAAAUUUGUACCUAGCACAACAAGAAAAUAAGCCACAUGUCUGAUCACUGAUGGCUGCCCAUCAUUGAUGAGAACAACCCUAUAGUGAAUUCUAGAUAUUACAAUGACAUUACUAAUUUGAGAAAUCUAAUUUUGGAUAUAAAGAUAUCUGUUUGUUAAAA